AAGGAGGCGUCCGUGACAAGCAUAAGAAAGAGCUGACCCGUGAAAAAGCAGUCUUGGAUUUUGGAUUUUGCUUUGUCAAUGUACGAUUCUUACUCUGCUAACAGUCCCUCCGAACCCCAUGACAAGGCGUCUGUGGUGUGACGUGUCAUGCAUCGCUUCCUGGUAAAGGGAUGCCUGCUGGACCCCAGCUCUCACAAGGAUCGGAUAGAUCGGACGGAUUUACAUUCAUAUUUCAUAUGCAUAUUCAUGGAUUUGAGGGUGAGGGUUUGCAUUUGCAUCCAUGGCAUUCAUGGCAUGGUAUGAGGGAGAAAAGUGGUGCAGUGCAGCAGUUCAAAAAUUAUAAAACAGGCCUGAAAAUGAACACUUGGCGCACGCGCUUUUAGGAGGUGUGAAUAUUUUUUUGCAUUUGGGGGAAUAAAUCCGUCAUUUGUUGGGUAAUAGAAAACAGAAAAACCCCGGUUCUGCACAUUAUAUCACGCCAGCCAGUCGGCUCGUUUUCCUCAGUUGCUUUUUAUUUUUAUUUUGUGUGUGUGUGCGCGCAAAGGACUUAACGACCGGUCGCAUCCGAGUUCCAAUCUCGUCCGCUACCUCUAUUUGAUUUCUAUUAUCCUCGUUAUUUCUUUUUCCACCCACCUCUGCGCCCCCACUUUGUAGUUAUUCUUUUAAUGCCCAACUUCAAGGUUGUUGCGUUCGAUGAUUUGAAAGCGCUGUCUGUCGCCUUACAAUAAUUAUUGCUGUAUUCUCUUCUUCAUCUGCUUCAGUUCUUCAGAGGUUUUGGUAUAUAUAAGAGGGAGAUUUGUUUGGACCGUGGUUAUGCUGUCCGAAUGGAGAUGAUGAUGAAAUGGAGACUGUUGGGAUUGGGAUGCUGGGGUUGUUGGUUCUGGUGCGAGCAGGGGACAAUUGCAGUAGUGUGGUGAAUGAGAAGAAGAAUAGUCGGUCUUUCUGAGAAGGGAUUUUGUCUUGUGUUUCUUUCUCGGGUUUGGUUUUUCCGUGGGUUCGAACCGUGGUGGGUGUUUUUCAGAAGGGGGUGUUUGCUUGUUGAUGGCUGUGACCUCGGGUAAGGACAGUAAGGGCGGAAUGGACCCUGGCAAAUAUGUUCGUUACACGGCUGAGCAGGUUGAGGCUCUUGAGCGUCUGUACCGUGAUUGUCCUAAGCCUAGCUCUAAUCGUAGGCAGCAACUCAUACGAGAGUGCCCUAUACUUUCUAAUAUCGAGCCGAAACAAAUCAAAGUUUGGUUUCAGAAUCGCAGGUGCAGGGAGAAACAGAGGAAAGAGGCCUCGCGGCUUCAGACUGUGAACAGAAAACUCACUGCGAUGAAUAAGCUUUUAAUGGAGGAGAAUGACCGUUUGCAGAAGCAGGUUUCGCAGCUUGUAUAUGAGAAUGGUUAUUUCAGGCAGCAGUUACAGAAUGCUGCCAUAGCGACUACUGACAACAGCUGUGAGUCUGUAGUAACAAGCGGUCAACAUCAACAGCAAAAUCAUCUGACACCGCGGCAGCCCCCAAGAGACGCCAGCCCUGCAGGAUUGCUAUCUAUUGCAGAGGAGACUUUAACAGAGUUUCUUUCAAAGGCUACAGGAACUGCUGUUGAGUGGAUCCAGAUGCCUGGGAUGAAGCCUGGUCCGGAUGCUAUUGGUAUUGUUGCUAUUUCACACGGUUGUCCUGGAGUAGCUGCACGAGCUUGUGGUCUUGUAGGUCUAGAACCUACAAAGGUUGCAGAGAUUCUCAAAGAUCGCCCAUCUUGGUUUCGGGAUUGUCGGUCUGUGGAUGUAUUGACUGCUUUCUCUACUGGAAAUGGAGGAACCGUUGAGAUUCUAUAUACACAGAUGUAUGCUCCAACUACCCUAGCUUCUGCUCGGGAUUUUUGCACUCUGAGAUAUACCUCUGUGAUGGAAGAUGGCAGUCUUGUGGUUUGUGAGAGAUCUUUAAGUGAUAAGGGAAGUCCAAGCAUGCCGCCGGUGCCACAUUUUGUGAGAGCAGAAAUGUUUCCAAGUGGAUAUUUGAUUCGACCAUGUGAAGGUGGCAGCUCUAUAAUUCAUAUUGUUGACCAUAUGGAUAUGGAGCCAUGGAGUGUACCUGAAGUACUCCGUCCGCUGUAUGAAUCAUCUGCCGCACUUGCACAAAGAACUACAAUGGCGGCUUUGCGUCGGUUGCGCCAAGUAGCACAGGAGGUUUCAAGUGAUAUGGUCCUUGGCUGGGGAAGGCAGCCUUCCGCAUUAAGGAUGUUUAGCCAGAGAUUGUGCAAGGGCUUCAAUGAGGCUGUUAAUGGCUUCACAGAUGAUGGUUGGUCUUUGAUGCCAAGUGAUGGGGUGGAUGAUGUAACCAUUCUCAUCAAUUCUUCACCAAGCAAACUUUUGGGUUCACAUCUUGCUUCCCCUGAUGGGCUUCCUGCUUUUGGAGGUUGUGUCCUCUGUGCCAAGGCAUCCAUGCUACUGCAGAAUGUGCCUCCAUCAUUACUUGUUCGAUUCUUGCGAGAGCAUAGAUCAGAAUGGGCAGACAGUAAUAUUGAUGCCUAUUCUGCAGCUGCUUUGAAGGCAAGUCCUUGUGCUGUUCCUACUUCCCGCAUGGGUGGUUUUGGAGGUGGUCAGGUCAUCCUUCCCUUGGCCCAUAACAUGGAACAUGAAGAGUUCUUGGAGGUUAUAAAGUUGGAGUGCAAUGGCCUCACUCAGGAGGAAGCAUUACUAUCUAGAGAUAUGUUUCUUUUGCAGCUAUGCAGUGGGAUUGAUGAAAAUGCAGUUGGGGCAUGUGCUGAACUGGUGUUCGCUCCAAUUGAUGCAUCUUUGACUGAUAGUGCUCCUUUGUUGCCUUCGGGUUUCCGAGUCAUUCCCCUGGAUUCUGGAAUAGAUAGCUCUAGUCCAAACCGAACAUUAGACCUGGCAUCUGCACUUGAGGUUGGUCCAACAGGUGCUCGACCGGCUGGUGACUAUGGUGGAAAUUCAAGCAACCUAAGAUCCGUAUUGACAAUUGCUUUCCAGUUCACUUAUGAGAGCCAUUUGCAAGAGAAUGUUGCAUCCAUGGCUCGUCAAUAUGUCCGCAAUGUAGUAGCAUCUGUACAGAGGGUUGCCAUGGCCUUAGCUCCUUCUCGAUUGGGUUCUCAUCUUGGGCCAAGACCACCCCCUGGAACGCCUGAGGCGCUUACACUUGCUCGUUGGAUUUGUCAGAGCUACAGGUUCCACUUGGGCGUGGAGCUUCUCAGGCCUAAUUCUGAAGCCAAUGAAUCUGUACUUAAAAUGCUAUGGCACCAUUCAGAUGCUAUUAUGUGUUGUUCUUUAAAGGCGUUACCUGUUUUCACAUUUGCAAAUCAGGCAGGCCUUGACAUGCUAGAAACAACUUUGGUUGCCUUGCAAGAUAUUUCACUAGAAAAGAUACUAGAUGAGAAUGGACGCAAGAGCCUUUUCUCAGACUUUAGUCAGAUCAUGCAACAGGGAUAUGCGUAUCUUCCUGCCGGAAUCUGCGUCUCUAGCAUGGGCAGGCCUGUUUCAUAUGACAGGGCUAUUGCUUGGAAAGUCCUAAAUGAAGAAGAAAAUACACACUGCUUAGCAUUUAUGUUUAUGAAUUGGUCCUUUGUGUGACCCUUUUUUUUUUUUGUAAACCAAAUACAGGUCCCAAUUCAGUUUGGGAAGAUAAUUUAUGUUACCCAAGAUCUGUUCAUAUAUUCAAGCUUAUUAUAUAUUCA